AUGAUCGUUUCCAGAGUCAUUCUGGCUCUGCUGUUGUGGCCCGUCUCUUUUGCGGCUGUGGCGCAGGAGAUGUGCGAGAAUGCGCCCCCAAACGAACCCAUCGGUAUCGACCUUGGCCACCAUCUUGUCAUAGCCUCCUACGCCAACUCCGCAGACAACUUCACGCUGCUAGGCGCAAUCAAUCACCAGGAUUAUCAGAGACAGAUUCUCGAAUUAUCCAUGAAUCAUUUUCGGCAAUCAGGGCUAGCGGGGCCGGAGCCGAACUCCCGUGGUUCGACGCCGUUGGCGCUCAUGAGGAGCGCCGUCUGGCAACUGUUCGAAGUCAUCGAUGCGAGAUUUGCCGUUAGCAGCACUUCAUAUGUCGUCUGGACUCGAGGUUCGAUCCGUUCGAUUUACGAUGAUGUCUCCGGGACUAUCCCCACCCGUAUCAAGCGAUGGAUCAAGUCCACCCUCAUCUCGUGCGGCCUCUUGAGGAAGAAGCUGUCUAUAUCCGACAUUACCGAAACAUUUGCUGAGGUCUUGACCGAACUCAAGACAGCGGCUUUUGAAGCUCAUAGCGUCAAUGUGACCUGGGCCGUGGUCGGCGUGCCGGACUUCUUCAACGACACGCUGAAACACGCCGUUGUGCAAGCCGGGCAGCAGGCGGGAAUCGUAAUCCUUGAGGGGGCAGUUCCCCCGCGCUCCUUCUGCACACACUACCUGAAUCCGGCGGUUGAAGAGGAUGCUAGAGUGCUGGUUAUCCACCAGGGACAGUUCCAUUGUGGCGCCCAGUUGUACGAUGGGCCGCAAACCCGCCACCGCCGCCAGUCAGGGUAUCCAUAUCUUCCGUUGACUCCGUGGGCGAGUGAGCGGAUCCAACGCCGGCUUGUGGAUGAGCUUGUUAGCGGUGAUGCACACUUUAGAACUCUGAUUAAACAGGGAGGCGACCGGGGAUUUUUGACACGCGCGGUACAAAAGACGAGGUUGACGUUGAUCGGGUAUGACCCGGCAGUCGAGAUGUUGCUGGGUGUGGAGGAGCCACUGCGGAAUGGGGCCGGCGGUAACGAAUAUGAUGACGAGGAGGAGAAAACGCUCGAUGAACUUCCCCUCAACUUGGACUCCUGGUGGGCGCAUGGGAACUUUCCGGACAUGGUCCUCACACGUAACCAAGUCACGGCAGUUGAAGACGAGUAUGUGGAGUCUCUGGCAGGCAGUAUUCAUGCAUACUUGCAAGCUACCAGAGAAUCGCGUAAGAAGACAAGCGCAACAAAAACCGAAAGAGUGGAUUACGCAAUUGUCUUGACCGACCACUUCGAUGGCGAGCUCGUGCGUCACGCUAUUCGGGAAGUUGUUGGGGAUGUGGUUCCUAUUCUUGGAUCGUUGAAGGAAAUGACUAUGGCGGCAGACGGUGCUGCGAGGUUGGCGUGGAAGCGGAGGGAAAAUCUACUUCUGAGGCAGGACAGUGCAAGGGCUAGACAUGACGAGCUUUGA